AUGAAAAUUCGAUUAUUAUCAAUUAUAACAAUCAUUAUACAAUGCAUUCCAUCCAUCUUAUCAGCUACAUCGAGUAAUCAAAAAGAAAGUUCAUCAUCUUAUUAUUAUGUGGUACGUUCACCAAAAAUUGAAAAACGAUCAUAUACAGAAGAUGAAGCAUUAACACAUCAGAAAGAAAAAACAAAAAUUGAUACUGCUAUUCAAACAUAUACAAAAACAACAAAUACAUCCUCUUCACUUUUGUCUCCAGCAUCAUUAUCAAUAACACCAUCAUCAUCAUCAUCAUCUUAUGGUAAUAAUGUGAAAAAGAAUAAUGGUGCAUACAAUGUUAAACCCAAUGUAACUAUGAAUGCAGAAAGUAUAUAUCAAGAUAAAAAUUCAUUGAAAUAUGUGAAAACUGUAAAAAAACGUCGAGAAAUCAGUGAAGUUAUUAAACAUAUACCAAAACCGACAUAUAAUCAACAAUCGAAUAAAUAUACUGAUCAGAAUAAGAAAACUAAUAAUUAUAAUGAUAAAAAGGAAACAAAGAAUUACAAUAAUGUUAAUAAGAAAUACACAUAUUCUGAUAGUAGUAGCAGUAGUAGUAAAAGUAAUGACAACAAUCAUCACAAUGAUAAAAACUACAAUAAUAAUAAUAAUUAUAACGGUAAUAAUAAUAACUACGACGGUAAUGACAAUUACAAUAACAAUGACAAUAAUUACAAUGGUAAUAAUAACGAUCAUUACAAUAAUGGCAAUGACAAUAACAAUGACAAUAAUUACAAUCGUAAUAAUAAGAAUUAUUACAAUAAUGGCAAUAACUACAACGGUAAUGACAAUUACAAUAGCAAUGACAAUAAUUACAAUGGUAAUAAUAACGAUCAUUACAAUAAUGGCAAUAACUACAACGGUAAUGACAAUUACAAUAGCAAUGACAAUAAUUACAAUGGUAAUAAUAACGAUCAUUACAAUAAUGGCAAUAACUACAACAGUAAUGGCAAUGAUGGUAACAAUAACGACUACUAUUCACAUGAUUACAUCAAAAACACUGGCAGCUACAAUAAUGACGUAAAAUAUAAUGCUGAAAAUUACAAUCGUGAUUAUACACGCAAUGCUUAUAUAUCUGACAAUAAUGGCCGUAGGAAUAAUCGAAACUCCAAUAGAAAUCACAUGAUUAAAAAUACCAAAUUUAGCAAUUAUGCCAACAGAUAUAAUGGUAGGCAACGAAAUAAUAAAAGAUAUAAUAAUAAUAAUAAUAAUAAUAAUAAUAAUAAUAAUUACAACAAAGCCUAUAAUAACCAAAGACGUUAUAAUGAAAAUCGUAAUAUCGGGAAUAAUAACAAUUACAAUCGUAACGGUAAUCAAAACAAUCAGAAUGGUUAUCGUGCUUACAAGUACAACUACAAUGGUAAUAAUAAUAAUAAUAACCGGAAUAAUUUUAAUGACAAAUCUAAUUACAAUUACAAUAAUGAUCGUAAUAACCACAAUAACAAACGGAUCAAUCACAAUGUCAAUUAUAAUAUCAAUAACAAUGACGCUUACAAUGGAUAUGAUAAUUACAAAACCAACAAUCAUCCUGAACGUAAUAUACCUUAUCAAAAUAACAAUAAAUAUAAUAACAUUGAAAAUAAUGUGAAUAAUGAUAAUAGUAAUAAUAAUUAUCAUGAUAUGUACAAUACUAAAGAUUAUGAAACUAACAGAAAUCCUGUUAAUUAUGGUAGUAGUUAUAUUAGAAGUAAAUUAGGUAAACCAGAUUAUUCUACUCCUGCAGAAAGAAGUAAUGAACAAAAUUAUCCAUCAACGCCAAAUACAGCGAAUGAACAAUCAGACAAUCAAGAAAGAAAUCAAUAUGGGAAAGAAAAAGAGAAAGAUACAGAUUUUAAUCCAUUAGGACAAGAUGAUAAUCCCAUGUCCAGUUUAAAUCCUUUUGGUGGUUUGUUCAGUUUAGGACAAAUGGGAAAUGGAGGGUCAGGUUUUUAAAUGUUAUGCUAACUAAAUGAUUAACAAUUACUCAAAUUCGUGGAUAUAUUGUGACAAAAAUAUGUUUUAUUUUUAAAAUAUCUUUCUUCAACUGAUAUCAUAUAAACAGUUAAUAAAAAGCUUAUUUAUUAAGCUAGAUUUUUCCAGUCAAAAUGAUUCAAUAUUUGUAAUUGAAUGUCAUCUUUGUAUGUUGAUCAUGUUUUUUUUCUAAGAUCUGAAAUAGAAGUAUGAACUGAUUUGAUG